AUGGAGCUGCAAUCACUAAUAAUUGAUGCAUUUCACAGUCAUGGAUUUGAAAAGAUAGAAGAAUAUUUGCAGCAAAAAGAGAACUCUCUUUGUCAAAAAUACAACGAGCUCCUCUUGAUCCAUUUUGACAAAUUGAUAAAUAAGGAGCUGGAGCAGAAUGAAUUCCAGCAUGUUUCAUUGUUGCUGAAAUGUAUUCAGAGGUUCUUCAGAGAUGAAACCAAAGAAGAUGAGCAGCUGUUAAUUGAACAAGGAUUGAUCCCAAAGAUGGUUUCCUGGUUAAAAAGAACUAUUGGAUUUCUGACCACUGGAGAAGUAACUAUAACUAUGUCCUUGGUUCAAGUUAUAGAAGACUUUUUAAACACUGCCUUGGUAAUUUCCAAAUGCAGUCCCAAGGGAAAAAGCCAGCUCUUGGAUUCAUUCUUAUAUAACUUAGGACUUCUAGUGGCAGACAAGACUAUUAAUUAUUUGAUUCGACAGGAGGGUCUAAGGACUUUGAACUCCAUUUUAGAAAAAGUACCUCAUGAAGAGAGAGAGAAAAUUGCUUUAUCAGAAAACAAGAGCUUUCUUAUGAAAGGCCUUGCCAGGGCAAUUCUGGACAUAGGUGAUUAUGAUCUGCAAGUUUCUCUUUCUGAAGCCUUAUGCAGGAUGAUGAGUAAAAAGUCCCAAGCUGACCUUGCCCAUAGAUUGUUUGAAGAUGACAUUGUUGCUGAAGCUUUCAAAGAGAUAAGGGACAGAGAAUUUGAGACGGACAGUAGAAGAUUUCUUAAUUGCCUAAAUGAUAAACUCGGUGAUAAAAGAAGGGUUUAUACAUUUCCAUGUAUUGCUGCCUUUAUUAAUGGAUAUGAGGUGAAGAAACCAUGCGAUGAAAACCUGGAGCAAUUUUGGAUUGAUUUUAACAUAGCAACUCAGAGCAUAACUUUCUAUAUAGAUAAUGCGGAGGAUGAACUCUGGGAUUCGGUAAGACUUCUAAAAGAAGAAGUUGGUGGUUUCAGUAUAAAAGAAGCUGGAAAAAAGAAGAUACUCCUUGUUUACCUGAAGAAAGCUCUUCUUUUCAACAACAAAGAAGUGAUGAAAGUAGAAAUUCAUUUUGAUUUACAAUCCAACAUAGUAAAGACUUGCAUGGAAGUUCUUGGACCAGAGAAAUAUGUGCUGAACCCUGAUCAGAUGAAAAGAGAACCACCAGAGAUAUCUGAGAGUUUUGAGGAACAAGAAACAGCAGAGAUCCUCUGUUACCAUGAGGAAAAAGCAGAACAAGAACCCUUAUCCCAGGAAGAAUCUGUGAAUGAUGAGAAAAAUUAUUCCUUUCAUGAGUCUUCUCAAGUCAUUGAACAGCCUGAGACAACAAAAAGUGGUGCACAUAGUAGUUCAGCUCACUUCUUGGACCUGGAACACCAAAGGCAAGAAUCUGUUGCUUCAAAGCAGAACUCCUCAGAGGGCUUAAAAGAAGUGGAUAAAAUUCAGGUUCCUAAAUUAGAUGAGAAACCUAGCUAUAGCAAUUCACCUGUGGCUUCUGGAGCUGUCCAGGAGGGUUUGCUGGAGACUGAUCAUUUAGAGAAGAAAAGAAAAAGAACAAGAGCAAGCAAGAACAUCCCUGAAACAAAAGAGAAUCCUUAUGAUUUUGAAAACACUUCUGAUACUAUGUACUCUCAAGUGGUUGUUGAAGCAAAACAGAGGAUUCUCAGCCACAAGAAGUCAUCCAAGAAAAAGAGGGAUGGCUCUACUUUCAGCAGUUACAAAAGCCAAGGGGAGAGAAAAUGGUUUGAUGAUCUUAGGAAACACCUUUUUUCUGAAAGUAAUAAUGAAACGAGCAGUGAUAUGAGUGGAAGCCCUUGGAUCAAUAGCCAAAAGGAAAAAACCUUAAAAACAUAUUCUACGCAGAAAAGGCCAAGAGUCAGAAGUAAAUUAAGAGUUUUGCCAUUGUCGCCUUCAAGUAGUGGCAGUGAUCACCAAAAGGACAAAGCUACACCAGUAAGGAAGAGGAUUUCAAGGCAAAGCAAUGAAAAAACCUUAUACUCCCCUGUAGGCUUUGUAAUACCUGAAGAUUCUACCAAGAAGCAUCCUUUCGAAAGUGUAUCCCCAUUUGGUGAUGAAUCUUCCCCUGAGUACUCAGAGGUCACAGAGAACUUAUCAAAGUCUGCAGCUCACAAAUCCUCAAUGGAAAGUGCCAUCCUCAAGCGAAAACCACAAAAUAAGGGGGCAUCAGCUUUAUUGGAUGAUACUUUGGAAAUGCCAAAACAACAAAAAUUAGAAGAGGACCACACACCAUUUUCCCCUGUUGCCUUAAUGCCAGGAGAAAACCCUGUUCCUACAGCCUUACAGGUUAUACCAGACAGUCUAGGAGAGUCUGCUAUCAUCUCUUCCUUUGAAGACUUUACUAAAAAAUUGAAGAAAAAUAUUGAGUCUAGGAACAAGGACAAAGAUAUUUGUAUCCAAAAUGCUAUGAAAGCAUCUGAGAAGGUGACCAUGCUUUUAAACCAGCUCCAUCAAUGUAGGCUAGAUAAGAUAGAACAGCUCCAUGAGAGCAUUCGUCAGGAACUGGACAACUUUAAGAAGGAUGUUCGGGCUCUCAACGAUCUUGAGAAAGAAAUCCUGGACGUUUGGAAGAAACAUUCUGCUCAACUGAAUUCAUUCUGUGACCUACAAAUGAAGAGUCUAAACCACCUAAGGAAAAGAUGA